UGUUGUCUAUGGAUUUUCGAGACGAGCAAAAUAUGGAAGAACAAAGCAUUGAAAUUUAAUUAAAAAACGAAAAAUGUUUAACAGAAAUGCGAUGGGCUUCCCAAGAACUCCCGCCCCAGUUCGAAACUCAUCUCUGCUGAUGUCGGCAUCGGCCAUCCUCGAAACACCAACAAUGAUCAGGAAAACCGGAAGUCAGAAUACUGGUCCGGCGAAUAGUGGUUCCAUUUUACAACCUGCUUCAGCGGCAUCUGCCGCAGCAAUGCAGUUCCUCAUGAUGCAAACUGCCUUUACCAACUCUGAGAAAGCUCACGCCGCUCACCAGAAAAGUAUUCCGGAACGAACGGAAUCGAGCGUUUCCCGUUUUAAUUUGUCCAUGUCCAAUGUUCCGGAUAGCACAACGACGGUUGCUACAAGGAUUAUCGAAAACUAUCAAGUUUCCAGUAAUGGAAAUGAACUGAAAAGAAAGUUGGAACCCGUACCCGCGAAGUCGUCAAAAAGAGGCUCAUUCGAAUUGCUUCCCUUGAGGCCGCACAACCGAAUCGGUAAGUCCAAUUUCAAUCUCAAAGCUCUCCCACCGAUUCCAUCAAGAUCGGACAGACAAGAUUCGUCCAGCACAGCCAAACCGAAUGCCGGUAGUAUGCUUCGCAUCAUAACUGGUUCGGUUGAUAAUAUACUGAAGCUUAGCAAAAGCCCACAAUCCGGAGACGGAUUGACUCUGGUGGAGCUUUUUGUCAAUAUAUUGAGCUUCAAAACGGGUGCGUACGAUUGCGAGAAGAUUCUGCUGCUGCGCAAUCGAUCCGGUCCCAUUAUUCAGGGAGUUUUCUACGAAAUAGACUUUCGUAUGGCCGGAAUUGGGGUGGGUGAUCUAGUGCGCUGCGUUGGCCGCCUUUCGGGUGGAUCCCGAUUACAGAUUUUGAAGAUUACACAUGCCUCGCUCGAGGACGAGCAAAUGGCUGCUCGGCUUCAAACCGUGAGCGGAUUUGUGACCAAUGUUAAACGUUGAUCGAAUCGUAAUUAAUUUGUAUAAUAUAGUGUAAAACUUUUGAAACUGAAAUGGUGUGUAAAAUAUAUGU